AUGGCUCCAAAUUCUACAUCGGUUACUGAGGCCGUGGCAAACACACAAUCUCAACAUCAGGCUUUCGCCACAUGCUCCAACAGCCAUACUUCUCCUGUGCCUAGUUAUGAACGGUCUGUCAUAGGCGCCGAGGAGCGAAGACCUUUCAAUCAGAGUAAUCUUGACUUCCAGAACCUUGAUUUGGCUUGCCCUAUCAAUGUUGAGGAAAUCAGCAAUCGGUGGUUGAAUCCUUAUAUUCCAACCCCGGGGCAGAAGAUAAAAAACUAUCCUGCCACUGUCACCAGCUUUAUAUAUCGCGUUUUAAAGUCUUAUUCUGCUGUUGCUGUUCGUGGCCACCGUGCCCUUCCGUUCAUUCACCCCAAGCAAAGCUUGAGCGGCUCCCCGCUAGCUACCUGUUUGAGUUUGAUUCGAAUUUGCGAAAAGCCUUUACCUGGCAGUGAGAACUCUGCAGCUCUUGUCCUCCAGCGUGAAAUGGAGGCCAUAGCCGAAACUCGUAACGAUUAUGAUGAUAUGGAUCUCCUGGCGGCCUUUCAAUCGUAUCUAAUAUACACAAUGGCUUUAUUUUUUCAUCUCAGUCAGGGUUUCAACCCUUUCUUCCGUCAGGCGAUGAUGAAUUUGCAGGAACUAGCUUGUCUGACCUCUCGGCAAGGUCUCGUAUGCGCAGCAGACCGGCUUCAUUCGCGCCCAAGGUGGGAGGAGUGGAUCGUCACUGAGGCGAAACGACGAACCCUCUAUGUCAUGUAUCUCUUUGACAAUAUCUUGUCUGCCCAGGAGAGCCUUCCGACAUUUCUUGGAACCGAGCUACAAGGGCUUCCAGCACCUGCGAAUAAACCUUUGUGGCAGGCCGAAAAUCGGGCAGACUGGGAAAAGGAAUUCAAUGUUUAUCUCACCAAAUGGACAACUCAUAGCCUUACAAUUGAUGAACUUUGGCCUAUUCCCCAAGGCAUGGACGAAGCCGGUAUUACUCACAGGCGUGAAAGGGUCGAUCAAUGGCUGGAAAAUAUGGAUGAAUUUGGGAUCAUGAUUUUUACAGUGACGGUCUGUACACAUGGUGGUUGA